ACGCGUUCGUUGGCUUCGUUUCCGUUGACCUCGCUGCCGACCGUUUCCCACCGCCUCCCUCCUGUCCCCGCUAUUGCCGUCUAAUCUCUUCUUUAUCCCUCACCUUUAGCAGAUCUUCUCAACAACCAAACCCUAGCUUAUUUAUGGCUUCUCUCCGCGCUAUCCUCUCACAGCCCCACGAAUCCAACCCAGCUCCCGUAUCCCGUCGAUGGGCUCCGAGGAGGAGGCGGCCCCACUCGCCCAAUUUCGGACGCAAUUGCCCGGUUACAUCCUCUUCACCUCUCCGUGACCUCUUUGCUCUCAAGGAAUCGGGUUCUAGAGCGUUUCUUGGAACCUAUGAGCUCCGUAGAAAGAGUAUCGUCUAAAGACAAACAAGUGAAUCCAAUAGCACCCACAUGUAUGGACUCAACAAGAAGCACAGAGACUGGAAAUAAUGUUGAAGUGCACACAAGUCCAUGCCAAAGUCCUAGACCACCUGCAAGUUUGGAUUCAGUAUCAUCGAAAGCAUCACAUAAAAAAAAUUUGGAACCAAUCAUCAAGAAUGGGACAAAUGUGAUGAAGAAUCCACCUCGAAGCCCAAAAUGCUACCCAAAUCCAUGUCCUAACGCCACAUUGCCAAUGAUUUUUGAAACUGCUUCAUCCUCAUCCUCUACCUCAACCUCGAUGGGAACAUCAACCACAACAGUGACCACAAAGAGUAGUGAUGCAAAACUUAGUGACACCUGCACAACUGUUAAUCGAGGUAGCAACAGUAGCAAUAGAAGUGACAGCAUUGAAAGUGCCAAUUCUGCCCCUAUUAAACGGCACACUGGAGGUGAUUGUCGUUGGGAGGCCAUUCAAUUGGCCAAUGCGAGAGAAUCCCCUGUUGGCAUAGGUCAUUUUAGACUUCUUAAGCGCCUUGGUUAUGGUGACAUCGGCAGUGUUUAUCUUGUUGAUCUUAGAGGAACUGGUACAUACUUUGCAAUGAAAGUGAUGGACAAGGCCUCAAUAGUUAGCAGGAAUAAGCUACUCCGAGCACAAACUGAAAGGGAAAUACUUAGCAUGCUUGACCACCCAUUCUUGCCGACUCUGUAUUCUCACUUUGAGACAGAAAAGUUCUACUGCUUAGUUAUGGAGUACUGCAGCGGUGGCAAUCUCCAUUCUCUUCGGCAGAAGCAGCCUAAUAAAUAUUUCAGCGAGCAAGCUGCUAGAUUUUUUGCAUCUGAGGUGUUGCUUGCACUUGAGUACUUGCACAUGCUAGGUAUCGUGUACAGAGACUUGAAGCCUGAAAAUGUUCUUGUAAGGGAGGAGGGCCAUAUUAUGCUGUCAGACUUUGAUCUCUCACUGCGAUGCUCUGUUGAUCCAACACUAGUCAAAUCCACGUCUGGUCGCACAAGCAGUAGUAGUUUUACUAACAGUAUGCUUGACAGCGAGCACGUCGUACAGAGUUGCAUCCAGCCAUCAACAUUCUUCCCUCGGAUACUCCCCAAAAGAAAUCGGAAAUCUAAAUCGGAUUUUGGCAUUAGCAACGGAUCCAACUUGGAGUUCAUGGCUGAGCCAACACAUGCCCGAUCAAUGUCAUUCGUUGGGACUCAUGAGUAUCUGGCACCGGAAAUUAUUCGAGGUGAGGGACAUGGCAGUGCAGUGGAUUGGUGGACAUUUGGUAUCUUCCUCUACGAGCUUUUGCAUGGGACAACCCCUUUCAAAGGCUCAGGUAACCGUGCCACACUUCAUAAUGUGGUAGGGCAGCCCCUGAGGUUUCCGGAGUCCCCUCUUGUGAGCCUGGUUGCUCGGGACCUCAUACAAGGCCUACUUGUCAAGGACCCUCAAAAACGAAUUGCAUAUCAUAGAGGUGCCACAGAAAUUAAGCAACAUCCAUUCUUCGAUGGUAUAAAUUGGGCUUUGGUGAGAAGCAUGACGCCACCACAUAUUCCUGAUCCGGUCAACUAUAAUCAAUUCGUGAGUAAAGAGAAGAAGGGCUCUGAAAGUGGCCUUUCUGGGAGUAGUGCAAACAAGGGCAGUUCAAAUGAUUCUUCCUAUCUUGAUUUUGAGUAUUUCUAGGAAGCAAAAAAAAAAGAAAAAAGAUCCUGUUCUAUUUUCUUUCCUUUUUUAUAGUGCAGACAUCAGCUUGAUAUGAUUGAAAAUUCUUGGUUGUGGUUAUAACAUGGUAACUCUUAACCUUCA